AUGGUGCUUUCCGAGCUGGCUGCGCGCCUCAACUGCGCCAAGUACAAGAACUGGGUUAAGGCGGGCCACUGCCUGCUGCUGCUGCGGGGCUGCCUGCAGGGCUUCGUCGGCCGCGAAGUGCAGGCCUUCCACCGUGGCCUGCUCGCCGCCUCCCCCGGCCUGGAUCCCCGCGCCACCUGCCUCAGCGGCUCGCGGUGUAUCCCGCGCGCCCGCCAGUUUCAGCCUCAGUGUCAGGUGUGCUCAGAGUGGAAACGGGAGAUUUUGAAACAUCACACCAACAGAAAUGGAGAUAUCCACUGGGGAAACUGCCGGCCGGGCCUCUGGCCCGUGGACGCUUGGGAGGUGGCCAAGGUGAUUAAGUGCCGUAAUGAGAUCAUGCACUCUUCAGAGAUGAAGGUAUCUUCUGUGUGGCUUCGAGGUUUCCAGAGGAAGAUCCAAAAUUUUCUGAAUGAAUUCAGGAGUAUCCCAGAGACUGUGGCGGUGUACUCCACAAUAGAACAGCUGUUGACAUCUGACUGGGCUGUUCACAUCCCCGAGGAGGAUCAUCGAGAUGGGUGUGAAUAUGAAGCAGGCGUUCACCUGAGUGUGAGCCAAGUAAAUGAAAUAGAAAUGGAAUUAUUAAAGGAAAAACUUCAAGAGAUGUAUCUUCAAGCAAAAGAACAAGAGGUGUUGCCUGAAGAGAUCUCAAAUCAACUGGCAGUGGUAAAAGAAUUUCUAAGAAAAAACAAGGAUCUUAGAACUGGUCUUACAGAAGAUAUGCAGAAGCUAGACAGCCUCCAUCUGCAGCAUCAAAAACUGGAGUCAAAGGAACCGGAGGCACAGACACCUGAAGGGAAGGCCUGAGACGCCCAGACAUUGGAAUACACGUAAAGCCUCAGGCCACGGUGGCUGAAUGUGAGUCUGGAGUCCAGAGAUAACAUUAUCUUAAAACAGACCAAACCCCAGGAAGCGAUGUCAGCCCUCGAACCUGCCUGACCGACUCCCCCUUUCCUGUGUUCUUUUUCUUGUGUACCUACAUAGGAACGGGGAGAUGGCCUUUGGACAGGAGUCCGCCAUCCUCCCGGAUGCCAGCAUUCUAAAUAAACCUGCUUUU